CUAUGGUUUCGAAAGCUAUAAUUCUCGAGUUGAAUCAUGAAAGUACCUCAAAGUCUACGCAGCAAGGCUUUUGUUUCCUCGGUGGUGAUGAUCUUAAUCAUGACUGUGAAUGUAGAGCUGAGCCAAGGGAGCACGUGUAGCAGCACGUUUUUCUCAGCACUCGUGCAACUAAUACCGUGCAGAACAGCAGUCUCUCCAUUUGGCCCUGUUCCACCAAGUGAGACCUGCUGCAAUGCCGUCAAGACUCUUGGACAGCCUUGUUUAUGUGUCCUUGUCAAUGGCCCUCCUAUAUCUGGUGUUGACCGCAGCAUGGCCUUGCAACUUCCUGAUAAGUGUGCCUCGAAUUUUGAUCCAUGUGAAUUAGCAAGGAAGUAGAAUUGGACCGGAAAAGUUCAGGGCACAGAUGGUGUAAUCAAUAAAACAGGUGAUCGAAUUGCCAAGUAUAGGAUUUCCAUAGAACGGAACACUGAUGUAUGAUGUGCUAAUAAAGGGGAGGAGAA